AUGGUGCAUUCCCACGACGUUCAAGACUCACCCUCACUCGAACACUCUCCCUCAUCACAACGCCGUAAUUUACCGCGUUCCAAUUCCACCGAUUCUCACUCCCAAAACAACCGUCCUAUAACUUUCUCCCCCACACCUCCGAUUCACGCUACUGUCAAAAAAGAACACGAUAAUUGCGAUUCACAGGUAACAUAUUCAAAGAUUCAAAAUGACGAUCUUGGAGUGGAGAGUACCAGUAGUUUACGGAAAUGUUCGACGAUUUGUGAUGUUCUUGACACCGAGGUUGAAGAUUCUGAGACUCUUUUGAGUUCUGUUGAUAAUGGUGGAAAUGGAAAUGCAUCUUUUCAGUUAGAUUUUCCUAUUUUGAAGGUGAAAGAGGAGAUUGAUGAAGGUAGUGUCGAUGAUCUUGAUCAUGUUGUACUGAAAGAAAGGCAAAGGAUGCUGCUAGCUAGGAGGCUUCCAGGGCUGCGAAGUCCAGCAUUUGAGGCUAAUAGUGAAUGCUUGUUCAAAAACAUCGUGGAUCAAACUGUUAAAAAAGAAAAUGGAGAAUUUUCUUCUGUUGAUGGGAAAAUAACUGCAGCUAGAGAUCAGUGUCACGGCAUUCCAGAAGGAAAAAAUACUUCACUAUCUGAGUUACCACAUGAAGCCCCCUCUGGAUCAUCUUUGUCAACUGAGCAUGCCGCAUCUAAAUCAGGAAGACCAGUAACUUCAGCAUACCCCCAAGAAUACGACCAAAUAGUCAAAUCCGAAGAAAUGAUCACACAUUUUGAUUCACAAGAGGAACAAGGUGUUAUGCCUACAAACAAUAACGGGCCAAGUAGUUCAGCUUGUCCGACCUCUGUCAAAAUCAAGGGUGAACCUUGGGAUAACAGCGAAAUCCACAAUGUUAUAGAGAAUGCGAUGGGCAGCACCUCCAUUAAACUGCCAGUUGCUAAAAAUGAACAGGAACUCCAUAACGACUAUACCGAUGAUCAAGUGGAACAUAUGAUCUUAAACGAUCGGUUGAAGUUUCUAAUGUCCAGAAAGGAUUGUAAUUUAAAUAUUCCUAUAAGCUACCCUGUGUCAAGCUCCAAUUUUUCAGAAUCUGCAGAACCUUCACGCAUCAAGUGUGCACGAAAAAGAAAGAAAACAGCCACGAAUUCAAUUCAAACAGCUCUUGAGGAGGAUGCCCCUGGCCUUUUGGAGGUAUUGCUAGACAAAGGUGUGUUAGUAGAUGAAAUUAAGCUUUAUGGAGAAACAGAGAAUGAUGAAGCUCUGGAUGAAUCACUUUGCCAAGAUAGCUUUUCAGAGCUUGAAGCUGUGAUGACAAAGAUUUUCUCUCAACGCAACUCUCUCAUUAAAUUCCCUGUUAUUCGCGCUGGAAAGGGUUCAAGAGAGAGUUAUUGCUUGGAUUGUCUAAUCUCACUAGUGGAGCAGGUAAGAUGUUUGAAGCUUCAAAAAUGGCCUGUUGAGUGGGGUUGGUGUCGAGAUCUUCAAUCAUUUAUUUUUGUUUUUCACAGGCAUAACAGGAUAGUGCUGGAACGCCCUGAAUAUGGCUAUGCAACCUACUUCUUUGAACUGUUAUCAGCCUUACCCGUUGAAUGGCAGAUCAAGCGGUUGGUGGUUGCUAUGAAGCUGACUACAUGUAGCAGGAUCUCCAUUAUUGAAAACAAAGAAUUAUUGGUUGGAGAAGAUUUGUCGGAAGGUGAGGCAAAGGUGUUAAUGGAAUAUGGCUGGAUCCCAACCACUGGUCUUGGAACCAUGCUUAAUUACCGUGACAGAGUUGUGCAUGAUAGGAAGAACGUGGACACUUCUGAGUGGCGUACUAAAAUUGGGAAGUUGUUGGUGAAUGGUUAUUGUGGUGGAACCACAUUGACGCUCAACAUCCCAAAAAGAGUUGCAGAUUACAGGCGUGCUCAAAAUCCUGACAUAGACUCUAGUGUUCCGACAAAUGAUUAG